ACCUUCAACCAUUUUACAUUUUAUUUGGCUGUAUUGUGUCGUGAGGUAUAGACGCGUAAUAUUGUAGUGCAGUGAAGUGAAUUUUCCCAAAUAAUUACAUGGCUUCAAGUCAGUGAUAGUUUGAAAUCGUCAUGUCUGAUUCGGAGGCCAGUAAUUACUCCGGGAGCGGUUCGGAGGCUGGUAGCGUGGUGUCGAACCGUUCCAGGCGGAGUGCCGCGUCAAAUAGGUCUGCGAAGUCUCGCUCGGUGUCCCGUUCUCGGUCCCGCUCGGGGAGCCGCACACCGAGCCGGAGCCCUAGCCGCUCGCGCUCCCGCUCCCGGUCGCCUUCGCGUUCACGAUCGCGCUCGCGAUCCCGCUCACGAUCCCGCUCACGAUCAAGGAGUAGGUCUGCCGGGUCUGGAGGCAGUCGUAACCGAGACAACGAGGCCAAGGAGGCUUCUGGUGAUGAAGAAGUUGAGGAUGAGGAAGAGCCAGAAGGCGAGGACCUGGUGGACUCAGAAGAGUAUGACGAAGAUGAAGAGGAGGCGCGGCACAGGAAGAAGCGGAAGAAAGACAGUCGCUAUGGAGGCUUCAUCAUUGAUGAGGCUGAGGUAGAUGACGAAGUUGAAGAAGAUGACGAAUGGGAAGAGGGAGCCCAGGAGAUGGGCAUCGUCGGCAAUGAGGUGGACGAGAUGGGGCCCACGGCCCGGGAGAUAGAAGGCCGGCGUCGCGGCACCAACCUCUGGGACACGCAGAAGGCCGAGAAGAUUGAGGAGUACUUCCGGAACAAGUAUGCUGAUGAAUCCGUUGCGUUGAGGCACUUCGGUGAAGGUGGUGAGGAAAUGUCCGAUGAAAUCACACAGCAAACUCUCUUACCGGGCAUUAAAGACCCCAAUCUCUGGAUGGUCAAAUGCAGAAUCGGAGAGGAAAAGGCUACAGUGUUACUUUUAAUGAGAAAGUUCAUCGCUUAUCAGUUUUCUGAAGAACCAUUCCAAAUUAAAUCCGUUGUUGCUCCAGAAGGUGUGAAAGGGUAUAUUUACAUUGAGGCGUACAAGCAAACUCACGUAAAAUCGCUUAUUACUAAUGUGGGGACGCUCAGGAUGGGUAUUUGGAAGCAGGACAUGGUUCCCAUUAAGGAAAUGACAGAUGUUUUGAGAGUAGUGAAAGAACAGUCUGGAUUGAAAUCCAAGCAAUGGGUGAGGUUGAAGAGAGGUUUAUAUAAAGAUGAUAUAGCUCAGGUAGACUAUGUGGAUCUGGCUCAGAACCAAGUGCAUCUAAAGCUGCUUCCUAGGAUAGACUACACUAGAUUAAGAGGUGCUUUAAGAACAGUUCAGAGCGAGAGUGAAGCGGCAAAACGUAAGAAGAAGAAACGCCCCGCUGCCAAACCAUUCGACCCUGAAGCCAUCAGAGCUAUCGGUGGCGAAGUCACAUCUGACGGCGACUUCUUACUCUUUGAAGGCAACAGAUACUCUAGAAAAGGUUUCCUUUAUAAAAACUUUACUAUGUCAGCCAUAUUGGCUGAAGGUGUUAAGCCGACUUUGAUGGAAUUGGAAAGGUUUGAGGAACAGCCGGAGGGAAUAGAUAUUGAGCUUGCAGCGCCCGCCAAAGAUGAUCCAACAAGUCUGCACUCUUUCUCUAUGGGUGACAAUGUCGAAGUGUGCUCUGGUGAUCUGGCUAACCUGCAGGCCAGGAUUAUAGCUAUAGAUGGUUCUAUGAUCACCGUCAUGCCCAAACACGACGCUUUGAAAGACCCUCUCGUCUUCAAACCUAAUGAGUUAAGAAAGUAUUUUAAACAGGGUGACCAUGUAAAGGUUUUAGCCGGUCGAUAUGAAGGCGAUACCGGUCUUAUCGUCAGAGUGGAGCCUCAUAGAGUCGUAUUAGUCUCUGAUUUGACCAUGCACGAGCUGGAAGUGUUGCCCAGAGAUCUCCAACUAUGCUCAGAUAUGGCAACCGGUGUAGAUUCCCUCGGACAGUUCCAAUGGGGCGAUAUGGUACAAUUAGAUCCACAGACCGUCGGAGUCAUAGUUCGACUGGAAAAGGAGAAUUUCCAUGUCCUAGGCAUGCAAGGGAAAGUGAUCGAAUGUAAGCCCCAAGCUUUACAGAAACGACGCGAGAACCGCUUCACGAAAGCGUUAGAUUCCGAGCAGAAUACGAUACAGAAGAAAGAUAUAGUCAAAGUUAUCGACGGACCGCACGCGGGGCGCAACGGGGAGAUUAAACAUCUGUACAGAAACUUCGCUUUUCUGCAGUCGAGAAUGUACUUAGACAACGGCGGCAUAUUCGUGUGUAAGACUCGACAUCUUCAGCUGGCCGGGGGGAAUAAGAAUCCCUCGGCGGCGAACCAACUGUCGCUCGGCUUUAUGUCUCCUCGCAUACAAUCUCCGAUGCAUCCUUCCGGCCGAGGCGGGGCCACGCCUCGAGGCCGAGGCCGCGGGGCCGGGCGAGGCGGAGGCGCCACUAGAGACAGGGAACUCAUCGGACAGACUAUCAAAAUCACCGGAGGACCUUACAAAGGCAACGUCGGGAUCGUCAAAGACGCCACAGGAAGCACGGCCAGGGUCGAACUCCACUCCGCCUGCCAAACCAUCUCCGUCGACCGGAGUCACAUCGCGAACGUCGGAGCUCCAUCCAAGGACGGGUCCUCGUCGUUCUACAGCCGCACUCCCGGACGGACGCCGACGGCCGCCGGCGCCGCCACGCCCACGUACCGCGACACCGGCAUCAAGACCCCCAUGCACGGCUCCCAGACGCCCAUAUACGACGUCGGGAACCGCACGCCGCACUACGGCUCGGCCACGCCGUCGCACGACGGGUCCCGCACGCCGGCGCACGGCGCGUGGGACCCGGCGGCGGCCGCGACCCCGGCCCGGCCGGACUUCGACUACGGCCUCGACGAGUCGCCGGCCUCGUACCCGGCGCCGUACGCCGCGGGGCCGUUCACGCCGCAGACCCCGGGCACGAUGUACGGCUCGGACCACAGCUACAGCCCGUACCAGCCGUCGCCGUCCCCGGCGGGGUACGCGGCGGGGUACCUGGGCACGCCGUCCCCGGCCGGGUACUCGCCGAGGAGCCCGUUCGCCGGGGAGGCGGGCGGAGACUGGCAUACUACAGAGGUGGAAGUUCGAAUCCGCGGCUCAGAAGACGACGGUCUGGCCGGUCUCGCCGGUCAGACCGGCGUGGUCCGCGGUCUGUCCGGGGCCAUGUGCGCGGUCUACUUGCCCAGGGAAGACCGCGUUGUCAAUGUUCCCGGGGCUUUACUGGAGCCAGUAGUACCCGCGUCUGGAGAAAGAGUCAAGGUGGUGGCCGGCGAAGAGCGCGAAGCCGUCGGACAACUCAUCAGUAUCGAGAACCAAGAAGGCGUCGUCAAAUUCGGCACUGACGACAUCAAGAUCAUGCAGCUACGCCAUCUAUGCAAGAUGAGCACCGCGUAAACACCCUGUAUAACUUCAGGACAACUUGUAUAAUUUUGUCUAGGGCACUCGGUAUCGAGAAACAGGGCGUGGUCAAAUUCGGCACCGACGACAUCAAGAUCAUGCAGCUACGCCAUCUCUGCAAGAUGAGCACCGCGUAAACACCCUGUAUAACUUCAGGACAACUUGUAUAAUUUUGUCUAGGGCACUCGGUAUCGAGAAACAGGACGUGGUCAAAUUCGGCACCGACGACAUCAAGAUCAUGCAGCUACGCCAUCUCUGCAAGAUGAGCACCGCGUAAACACACUGUAUAACUUCAGGACAACUUGUAUAAUUUUGUCUUGGGCACUCGGUAUCGAGAAACAGGGCGUGGUCAAAUUCUGCACCGACGACAUCAAGAUCAUGCAUCUACGCCAUCUCUGCAAGAUGAGCACCGCGUAAACACCCUGUAUAACUUCAGGACAUCCUGUAUAAUUCUGUCUAGGGCACUCAGUAUCGAGAAACAAGGUAUGGUCAAGUUCGGAACCGCCAUCAAGAUCAUGCAGCUACGCCAUCUCUGCAAGAGCACCGCAUAAACAACCUGUAUAACUUCAGGACAUUCUGUAUAACUUGAGGACAUCCUGUAUAAUUCUGCUGAGAACCCGACAUACACCUUGCAUGAAUCGACAGAAUGCAGCCUGUUUAUUCCAGCGGCUAGAGAAAUACGAUUGAUAAUUUAAGAAACCUUGUAUGAUUAUUCCAAUAUCGCAAUGCACGAGGUUGAUUUAAUACUUGUCUGUCGCCGCGCCAUUCUCAACGUGUGCUCCUCGGAGGCCUAGGGCUCCGCAAAGCCUUUGUAGGAAAUCCAGCUCUUCUAUGUAUGGCUAGUCUUUGGCUAUGGAAAAUCUUUAAUUUGGGGCUCCGUCAAAUAUUUCGCUUUUCAAAAGGGCUCCGUCACCAAAAAAGUUCAAGAGCGGCGUAUUAAAUACUUAUGCCGAGGACCUAGCACUGGUAUCAAGACACCUUUUGCUCGAAUUUAAACUAUCGUGAGACAUAUUAACUUAACUAACUUAACACCUUUUGCUUUUGAGAAUCCUUCAUGCGCUGUUUUGAAAUCCGUUUAUUUUAUUUGUUAAGAGCAGUCUUAUUUUGUGAGAUGUAUCCAGCUAUAGAAAGUGCUAAUUAUGUCUAGAAACUUUUAUGAAAUAAGUAAUUAGCCUUAAGAAAUUAUUAUUAUUUCGUUUCCAAUGCAUUUCCAUUGUUCUUCUCAUCUUUAGUUAAUCUUGAUAGAUCUGUAUUCCAAUGAGGAAUAUUAUAUUUUUGAUGACGUCAAAUCAUUUUAUGGUUACGAACAUACUUCUUGAACCAAGAUGUCAUUCGUCACAACAUGUUUUAUUAUAAUCCCAUUGGUCCCAUAAUAAAAGUUGCUCACUAUGACAUCCCGUAUACAUACAAAGUGUAACGCACCGGGAAUUAUAGAGACCAAAUCAGAGUUGACAAAGACCUUCCAGUCAGAUUAUAAUUUAUUAUCGACGGACAUGACAUCGUUAAGCAUGUGCCAGGCGGCAGACAACCACAGUUUCUGCAACAUGACGUUGGUAGAAAAACAGUGGUUUUAAGCCAUGUAGCAAGUGGUUGAAAACAAAUUCUGCAUGACCUUUAAACGCCCUUGGUAGACAGGCGUGCUCUGCCAACCAAUGGCAGAAGCAGUGGUUUAAAAUCGUCUCGCUUCUACCAAGGUCAUGUUGCAGAAAAUGUGGGUGUCUGCCGUUUG